ACCCAUCGUUCUCAUCUCCAAUACGAAAAAAGUCCGAAUAAUGUUUAUUGUAUAUAUUUUAUAUUACUUUUGAUAUUCAACUUUACAACUAUUCAGAAUUCUAAAACCAAAACAUUUGCCAUGAUAUAGAAAGCUAUAAAAUGUGAUUCAGUUCACCGAAACAUGUGUUUAAUAAUAUUAGUGCAGUGAACGUGUUUAUUGGAUUAUAAAAAUAGUGCAAUGAAUAAUAGUACAUAUUUUAGCGAGUUCCACUGCUCGAAAGAUGCACUUACGGACACUUAUGGCUGGUUUAUGCAAUUUCUCUUGGCGGUUUUGGCGUUUACAUGCCUGAUCGGUAAAAGAUUUUGUGAGCCCCGCUAUGCCAGAAGACCAUGGCUCAUUUGGUUCUAUGACACCUCAAAACAAGGCCUGGGCGCUCUAAUUAUACAUGCAGCUAACAUCUGGAUCUCUCCACAUUUUGAAGGAAACACUUGUACUUGGUACAUAGUGAACUUCAUGGUGGACUCUACAUUAGGGUUACUCAUCAUUUGGGCAGGCAUCAGGCUGGCUCAGUACUGUGCUAGACAUUAUGACAUCCCACUUAUUAAUUUUGGGGAAUAUGGCAAGCCCCCGAUGUGUUCUGCGUGGCUCUGCCAAUGCGUGCUUUACGCGGCGCUAGCGACAUUCGCCAAGUCGGCGCUAGCGCUAAUACUGCGGUUGCCGCGCGUGGCGCGCGCGCUGGCGACCUUGCCGCUGUCGCCAGUGUCUGACCCCAAGUUAGAACUGGCCGUCGUUAUGCUCAUCAUACCCUUCUUUGUCAAUAUUUUAAUUUUCUGGGUGACAGACAACUUCCUAAUGUAUCAUCCGAGAGGAGUGAGUUCGAGGUUAAAAUCGAAGCAUUUACGAACGGAUGAACCUCUCCAGGUGAGAUACCAGUCGAUAAAGAAGGAGAAGUCUGCUUCGGAGGAGGAGGAGCACUCGGCCGACGAGCGCCUGCUGGCCGCCAACGUAUGACCCUACCCCAAGCCCCGAGUGCUUCGGGCAUAACGCAAUCUCUUACACCCUUAUUCAUAAAACUUAUCUUACCUGUGCUAGCUACUAGAUACAAGCAAAAAGGAUAGAUAAUAUAGAGGGGUCCUGUCAUAGUAAAUUUUGUAAUAGUCACAGUAAAUUUACUGCCAUCUAUCGACACACGACUAAAACUCAAAAUGAAAACGUAUUAAAUUAUCAAGAGAAUGUAUAUAUAUGGAUAAAUGACUUUAUUAUUUUUAUAUCAUUUUUAUCCAUGUUCAUUCACUGAUAUAUAUGAGUUAAAAUUGUUAAAUAUGAAACGGUGUCGUCACGCCAUCUAGCUGAGCAUAGGCUAAAGGUGUGUGCGGCAUCUAUCCGAGAAUGACUUUUUCUUGAUUUCCGAGGCACGUUUUUUCCUUAGACUUUAUUCAUCUUAUACGAAGUUACAUAUGUCUUUGAUACAAGUCAUGUCCCUUUCUUAAUUAUAAUUAAAUAUGAACAAGACAUAAACAAGCAUAUAUAUUUUUUCAUUAAAGUAUUAGGUUUGAUGGGCGUUUAUGAAUAAGGGCACUAGUUUUUAGAUGCGUCCCAUUCUCAUUACGAUAAAAUACCGCGAAUACCGAGAAUACCGAAGUUCGUAAAUUGCGGGACUGUUUCUCUCUCUUUCUGUGUAAAAGAGAAAGAUGCCCGCAAUUUGCGAACUUCGGUGUUCGCGGUAGCCCCUCAAGUGAUUGUCGAAAACAAUUUCUUAGAAUACCCGUCAUCACAAUCAGUCUAGUACCUAAAUAGACACAGACUAACGAUGGAAUUGGACUGAUUUAUUACUGUAGUUAUAUACCUACUUCGACUUUGUCGGGAUUUUCUCGAUGAGCUUGGGCCAGCUUUAGGACUUGUCUUUAUCAAAUUAUCAGUAUCAAAAUGAUGUCACUUCCUGCUUCCCGGGGUAUUUAUUACUUCUGAACUACAUAUGACAGCUCCUCCCAACAAUACACGAAACCCUCCUAAGGGUUCGGGUUCGCCAGUGUAAAAGGUUUUCGAUAAAACAAAAAUUAAUUAGAAAUAAAUGCUAAUUGCUCAAGAAACAGUCAUCAGGGGGGAAUCUUAAAAAGUAUCGCAGAGUCUCAAGUAGUGAUUAACAUCUCCUUAUUGGAAAUCCAUAUUAAGAUCGUUGAUACUGAUAAAGGUUUAGGUUAUAUCCUAUAUAUAGUAUAGGUAAACAAAAUUUUUAUAUGGUGUAAAAUACAAUCAUGUAUCAUGGGAUAAAAUAGUUAUAUAAUCAUAAACAAUGUAUAUUCGCACUCACUUAAAUGUGCUUUAUUCUAAGUAGGUAUUUAUAAAAUUCGAAUAUGUCGUGGAGUGGCCGCUAAUAUUACAGGUAUUACUAAUCAGGUACUAAAGGUGAUCACUAAAAGUUCGCGUGAUACUUUGCGUCCCGCGACUGUACAGUCAACUGUAAUAAUAUGGGUGUACAAAUUAUCUAAAAAAUAUGUCCCAUAACUCUUAUGUCAGUAAAUUAAGAACUAUGGGACAUAUUUUUGGGUAAAUAGUCUACACCCAUAUUUUUACAGUUGACUGAUGUACAGUCGCGGGACGCAAAGUAUCACGCGAACGUUUACGGCAUUGGAAUAGAGUCCCAUAGUUUGAGAAUAUUUAUAUUGCCUACCAUGAAUGCUGGUAACAAUAGGCGUGCUAACCAUCAUGUAAGUCUAACUAUAAUCCUCAGAUUUUGAAACAUACACUGUCUAUGUUGUCUCAUGUGUCUCCCCUGUGAUGUCAACGUUUUGUAUUAUACCUAAUGUAAUGUACUAAUGUAGUACAGUCGCCAUCAGAUAUAUCGGAGCAGCCAAGGUGUUCACAAAUAUCUGAACACGCCUCUAUUGUCAAGGCAUUAGAGUGCGCGUUCACAUAUUGUGAACACCUUGGCCGCUCCGAUAUAUCUGAUGGCGACUGUACAGCCGUACUACAAAGCUCAUUAUUAUAACAUUUAUAACCUACAUAUAAAUGACAAUAUAUUUAUAACUACACUAUUUAAAGUACAACCAGGUUUGACUUUGAUGUUAUUAAAUUAAAUACCUCUGGUAUCCGAAUGAAAGGAAUGCGAUAUUAAUAUUAAAUAAGAAUUAGACAGCAAUAAUAUGGCACAUACUAUAAUUAUGUAGGUACAGCUUGGCAAAAAAGAGUAGGAAUUAAAAAGUGGCAACACUGUAGUGUCGUCCCGUUUUCUCAUAUUGAUUGGUUAGAAAGGGACGACACUACAGUGUUGCCACUUUUUAAUUUCUACUCUUUUUUGCCAAGCUGUACUUUGCUUUAUGUAGUCUUGUUCUAAAACUCGUGUUCGCUUGUCGCUUCCCAAGUCUUGAAAAUUAGAUUCCCUUUGGAAGUGUAUAGGUUCGGAAUGUUCGGAUCCUACUGACUGCGCCAAGUCGAAGUACCUACACUUUGGAAGAGUACGAGUACGAGUUUCAGAUCAAGGCAAAACUUCAUUUAAGUCCCAACAACAUGCAUGAAUAUACAUUAACCUUUUCGCAGCCAUGUCAAUGAAGUAACAAAGUGUCAUCAACGCCACGUCAAAAAUUGCACGUAUACAAAUCUGACCAAAUCCACGACUUGAUAUGAAGGCGUGGCGUGUGGGGCACGAUAUGUACUGACUUUAUAUCAAGUCAAUGGCGGCGAAAAGGUUAAACAAAGUACCUACAAUACGUGAAUAUGAAUAAUUCAUUCAUGUAAGAACACAUGUUUUUUUUUCUAAAUUACAUUUUAUAAUGUAGAAGGGGUCACAUUUCUGUAGAUAUUAUUAACGUCCAUAUCCAUUAAUACGGCUGGUGUUAAUAAUCCUGGUGUUAUUGUAUUAACAUAAUUCAUGUUUCAUGAAUAAAGUUACCUGAAAAAAUAGGCUGUUCUAAACCAGAUCUACUUAGUUUUGUAUCAUAUAAUUCUUAAUAUAUUGAGAGGCGUUUUCAGGUAAAAUCAAUGAAUGUAGUACUCAAUCUAAUUGUAAGUACCUGCGACGUGUAAUGCCACAAUGGAGACAAAAUUGUGUUGAAGUUGAAGAACAUGUUCCAAAGUCGCAGUAAUAACAAUAGGCUUCGAAACAUCUUGAAGCGCGCGCUUAAGCGAGACGCGCCGGCAAUAAAUUUUCGUACAACAUACCUCGGCCACAUUAUGGCAUUGCCGGCGGCCUUAUGUUUAUAAAAUUGCCUCGCUUCACUCGGAACUUUACAUGACUUUUGGCCGACAAGUCCCUUUUUCCCGGCCUUUGUAGUAAUGUACUAUUAAUUAAGGGACUAUAUUAGUCGUAGAUUUGCAAAUCUACAGUUUGUGCAGGUCCAUGGCAUCUACCUAAUUAUAUAGGUAGAGUUAGACCAAGAAAAGUCUGCAGCGAUUUUUAUAGCCCAUGCAGUGAAUCAAAAUCUGCAGACUUUUCUUAGUCUAACUCUAGUUAAAAUCAUUAUACGACAUGAUAAAGUUCGAUUUAUUGCAAUUUGCUAUAAUAUGUACAAACACCGAGUGAUUUGCUUUUUAUAAGCCUAUAAAAAUAAAUAUUUUUGUAUGUACAUUUCAUUUUUACAAUGUAAAUGAUUUACUUAUAUCGUUCCUACCUAUAAAAAGGUAUUUUGUACUUAGAUUCUCAUGUUAGUGCCAUGUAUUUCGACAUACAUAAUAUACAAAACAUCGAAUUAAGACUGAAGCAGUCGAAUGUCUUCUCUAUAUCGCUCCAUUGGUCGAUUUUUAUUAAUUUAAUUUUAAAAAUUAAUAAGUUGUUAGCGAAGAGUAUAUUGUCUGAAAUCCGAAGAAAGGUCAUUUCUUUACCAAUAAUAUUUAAAUAUUCCAGUCAUGGCUGUAAAUAGGAAAAUAAGAAUGAAAUAAUUUCUAUUAAGGAAACCAAAAUGUACCUAUACUUAAAUUGAUAAUAGAACUGUGUAAAAAUGUGCAUCUGUUCAUUGAUUGCGAAUAUAAUUCACAUCUAAGUGUU